AUAACAGACCUGACGUUCAAAGUUCUAAUCAAAUUUCAAAAGAAAAGAGAGAAAAUGCGGCUAAUGGUGUGUCUGUGUUAGAUAAACCGCCUUAUCGAAAAUAAAUAUGAUUUUUAUUAUAUUUAAAGGGUGAUAAUGAGAAUAAUUAAUUUAAGGAUUAAGAAUAUCUUACAACAAUAUUUAUAAUAAGCAUGGAAGCUCAAUCUGUUAGUGGCACAAAACCAGAAUUCUCAGUUCGCAUAGCAGUAUGUGAUCAUUAUUUGACUAAGCCCUUUCCCGGCCUAGAUGUUAUUUACUCAGAUUUUAGAGGGGCUGAUAUCAAACAGGUGCCAAUUCUGAGAGUGUUUGGGCCCACACCGGAUGGACACAAAGCAUGUCUUCAUAUACAUGGUGUUUUCCCUUAUUUCUACAUACCAUGCCCAACACCAAAUCCAGAACCACAAUUUUUGUAUCAGAUAGCAGCCAGUUUGGAUAAAGUAUUAAACAUUGCUUUAAAACAAGCCACUUCUGUACAGCAGCAUGUUUAUAGGAUAUCAUUGGUGAAAGGACUGCCAUUCUAUGGAUUUCAUGAUAAAGAUCAUCUUUAUUUAAAAGUAUUUUUGUACAAUCCUGGAUUGAUCAAACAAGCGGUAGAGCUAUGCAGUAAUGGAGCUAUUUUAGGACAGCCCUUUCAGCCUCAUGAAUCACAUCUCAACUUUACUCUACAAUUCUUUAUAGACUUCAACCUUUUUGGAAUGAGUAACAUAGAUUUACAAUCUGUGACAUUUCGUAAAACAGGGCUGUCUCAAGACAGUAAUGAGCCUGUGGAAAGUCUUGAUAACAAAUUCCUCAAAGCAGAGAGCUCAUGUUUUUAUGAAGCUGAUUGUAUUGCAUGUCACAUCGUCAACAGACAAAGAAUAGGAAGAGGAGAUGGUAUAGAAAACCCAGGUUUAGAAGAAGUAUGGAAUCAGGAGAAAGAAAGACGAAAACAACUAAACAUGUCAAUGGCUUCAAAAUCAUUGUCCCAAAUUAGACUUAAAGCUGAGGAAACUGAGUCACAUUACAAAUAUGAGCAAAUGUUCUUGAUUAAAAUAUCAAAUGAUAUAAAUAAUCCUGUGAAAAUUGAAAAUGAACCUCAAGUAGAAAAGGAAAAAGUUUAUUAUCCAGCUGAAAGUAUGGAAGGCUCUCAGUUGUUUGAUGCUGUGGAUGUCAGUGUACAUUUGCCCGAUCGGAGACAUUCUAUUACUCUCAGUGACACAUUCAGAAAAGAUUCAGAUGAGACUCUAACAGAAGAUGCUGAUAAUACUAUAGUUGAUGAAAAUGUUGCCUUGAACUGUAGUUUUCAUUACAGUCAAGUGUUAUUAAACAGUGAAGAUUUAGAUCUAGUUGACAUGUUACAAGACAUGGAUCAACAACCUGUUGAAAAUGACAGUAUUAUGUGCACCCCGGCUGAUGAUAACAAAGAGGGGAGCGAUGCUGACGAUGCUGAGUAUUCACAGGCCUUCAAUGAGGAAACUGUGUUGAUGGAGAUGUACAAGAGUAAAGAUGGACUGGUUGGAAAUGAAUCUUCUUGGAAUGAUUCUUUUUGGGAAGGUGCAAAUAUACCACAGUUAGACGGCACUUGUGAUGAUGAUCAUGUGAAAAAAGUUAGAAAAAGAAAAAUGAGACACUUAAAAUUGGGUCUAUCACGGCCUAAAAAGAAAUCAAGCUCUAAUGAAAUAGGUAAUGAGACAAGUUUUAAUAAAGACGAAAGCGAUUGUGAUGAAAUAAACGCUUCUAGAGAAACUAUCGAUAGCAUUUCAAGUCUGCAUUUAAGGAAAGUUGUCAAGACUGAGCCUCACAGCUUUUCAGAAAAUUGUAAUGAGACUAAUGCGGAAGAAACAUCUAUAAUGAACUUAGUAGAUAAGAUAUCUUUAAAGCAUAAUAAUGAAUCAAACAUCGCAGAAUCUUAUGAUAUUAAAAAUAAAUUUAUACCGGAAGCAGGCACUUCACAUGUAAGUAAAGAAAAUGAUAUAAAAGAUGAUAUAAUAAAAGAUUCGAAUGAUUCAAUUUUUACUGAAGAUACAUUCGAGUCAUCUUUUGAUAAUAAACAGGGUAUUAUGAGUUUUUAUGAUAUGUCUAAAGUGUUCGAUGUAUCAUUACAAAACAACAAUCUAAGUUUUAAUGAUGAUGAGACUGAAAAUAACAUUCGGAAUUCUGCGAAAAAAAAUGGAAACAUUGAUAUAGAUGUUAAAAAUAUCAACGUCAUAAAAACUGAAGCAGUAGCUAUUGUAACUCCGAAAAUAAGACCGCCAACAAAGAACUACAUACUAUCAUCACUAGAAAAGUACAAUAUUCCUAAAGUUAAAAAUAUGCAGCCAUUUUAUUCAGAUCACAAAGAUGUGGGCGAUAAAGUAGAAAUAGGACAAAUGAUAAUUAAGUUACAAAGUAAGCUAUCGAAAGAUCAGAAACCUCUAGAAAAAGUGUUAGACACAACAAGUAUAGAGGAGUGGCGCCAGUUAAUUUUUAUGCAGAAUAAUGAAAUGUCUGAAGAUACUGCAAAACCCGAGGUAUUGAAAUCACUUCUAAGUGGCAAUAAAAAUACUAUAUUGGAACCGAUAAAUAGGCCUCCGACUAAGUUUCAAAUAAUAAAAUCCUUAGAGGAAACGCAAGAACAGAAACUAGAGAAUAAAGUUGAUAAGGAGAUCAGUAAAAAUUUAGAUGAUCUAGAGAAUUCCCAAGCUAUAGGACUGAAUGCAGACGAAAUUAAUAAUAGCAUAAGCUUAGGAAGUCAGGAUAGGCCAAAUGAAAAUAGUACUCUUCAAAUAACAAUGCAGCCUGAUGGUUCAUAUUUGUGCUUUGGUGGCAGUGAGAAUAAAAACGAGAACACACUCGAAACUCCAGCGGUUGAAGUCGAUUUUCUGACAAUAAUGCUAACAGAAGUUCAGACAACAGUGAGAGAAGAUUUUCACCCAGACCCAAUGUUGGACCCCAUUCAGGCAAUAUUCAUUAUGGUCACCAACGACUGCCCACCUGAGCAUUUCCUUGCAAAAUCUAUAACACAAAUUAUAGCAAUAGAUAAUUUGACACCUCCGAAAAUAUUAGACAAAUGCGUUUUCAAUGUAAACGUUACGUAUGUGAAUAAUGAAAGUGAAUUGUUGGAACUGCUUAUUGAGAUAGUAAAAAAACAUGAUCCAGAUAUUAUGUGCGGGUAUGAAAUAGAAAUGAACUCUUGGGGUUACAUUUUGGAGAGGUCUCAAGUUCUCGGUUUGGAGAUGCCCAGAGAAAUUUCUAGAAUUACUGAGAAGUAUAGACAGAAGAAAUGGAGGGGGGAAGACAAUGAUAUGACGGGUAAAAUUAUUGGAAGGAUCUGUUUUAAUGUGUGGAGAUUGUUCCGUCAUGAGCUUGCUUUGUCGAGUUAUAGUUUUGAGAAUUGUAUGUAUGAGGUGUUAAAGGAAAGAGUUCCGAAAUACAGUUACGCUCAAUUGGCGGCGUGGUGGAAUCAUGAGUCGAGGAUGUUGAGAUGGGUUCCCGUUGAAUAUUACAUAACCAGGCUCACUGGAACUGUAAGGAUGCUGGAGAAGCUAGAUAUUAUAAAUCGUACCUCUGAACUAGCUCGUCUAUUUGGGCUUCAAUGGUGGGAAGUCCUAUCUCGCGGUUCACAAUUCCGCGUGGAGUCGCUGAUGCUGCGCGCGGCGCGACCUCUCAAUUUGGUCGCGUUAUCUCCUACGGUCAAGCAACGAGCGGCUAUGAAAGCACCCGAGUGUUUACCACUUAUAUUUGAGCCAGAGUCGCGCUUCUACUCAGACCCAGUAAUAGUGCUGGACUUCCAAAGUCUAUACCCCUCCAUGAUGAUAGCAUACAACUACUGCUUCUCCACUUGCAUUGGUCGAGUACAAAACAUUAAUGGGGAAUCCGCCUACGAAUUCGGCGCUUGGCGUCUCCGCAUACCAAAAGCAAAAUUAGAAGCCCUAGUGAAAAAGGGGCUUGUCCACUGGUCUCCAGUGGGCGUUGGAUUCGUCAAGUCGUCCGUCCGACGCGGUGUGUUACCAGCUUUAUUGAGGCGUAUACUAGCGGCUAGACAAGCUGUGAAGAAGGGGAUGAAGAUGCAGACUGAUGAGGCAGUCAAGAAGGCCAUGCAUUCGAGGCAAUUAGGGCUGAAGUUGAUAGCGAACGUGACAUACGGGUAUACGGCGGCUAACUUCAGUGGUCGGAUGCCGUGUGUUGAAGUAGCGGAUAGCGUGGUCUCCAAGGGUAGGGAAACUUUGGAGCGGGCCAUACGACUUGUGAGGAACGGGAGUUGGAAUGCAAAGGUGGUGUACGGCGACACGGAUUCCAUGUUCGUGGUGGUCCCAGGUGGUACUCGAGCGGAAGCGUUCGCUAUUGGCCAGCAGAUCGCUGACGCCGUCACCGCAGACAACCCGUCACCUGUGGCGCUUAAGUUAGAGAAGGUAUACCAACCCUGUAUACUUCAAACGAAGAAGCGCUACGUGGGCUACAUGUACGAGAGCCCUGAUCAAGAACACCCCGUGUAUGAAGCUAAGGGCAUCGAGACUGUUCGCAGGGACGGGUGCCCGGCGGGUGUUAAGAUGCUGCACCGCGCGCUAUGCACUCUAUUCUCGACCGGGGACAUGUCUCAAGUCAAACGCGAGGUAGUGUCGCAGCUGUCGCGGCUGGCGGCCGACCAGCUGCCGAUACAGGAACUGUUCUUCACGAGGGAGUACCAUGGACCCACUGGGUACAAACCGGGCGCCGUCGCUGUACCCAAUGAAAUUGCCAAACGCAUAGCCCGCAUCGACAGGCGCGCGACGCCGACGGCGGGCUGGCGGCUGCGCUGGCUGGUGUCGGCCGGGCCGCCGGCCGCGCCGCUGGCCCGCCUGGCCCGCACGCCGCGCGACCUCCUCGCUGACCCCAAGCGACCCCACGUGGGGUAUUACGCUACUAGGGUGCUGCUGCCCCCGCUGCAUCGAUGUCUGUCGCUAUUGGGGGUCGACGUUUUUAAAUGGUGGUGUGAACUGAGCUACGGUCGCACGUCCAGCCACCACCGGCACGCUGUAACCAGCGGCAUCGCGCGCUACAUGUGGCGCCGCCGCUGCGCGCUGUGCGGCGCGCGCGGCGCCCGGCCGGUGUGCGACCUCUGUGCGGCGGACGGACGGCCUGUGCUCGCGAUGGCGCACAGGCUUAAUGUCGCGCAGACACGGCUGCGGCAGUGUCAGACGAUCUGUAUCUCUUGCUGCGGUCACAGGGAAUACAACAGCUGCGAGAACACAGAAUGCCCAUUGCUUUGGAGGAGAUUGACCGCGCGGGAGAAAUUGGACGAGGUUAGAGAUAUCGUAUCCAAUCUACCCGCUGGAUUUUGUAAUGAGAGUCUAGAUUUUUAAUCAUGUUAUUUUUACACCAAGAUAUUAUUACAGCUAUCAGUUUAACUCAGUCCCAGAGUUAUAUUUCAGUUAAACAUAUUUUGUUUGCCAGUUAUGUCAGUGUUAAAUAUUGUAGUAAGAUAGGGAUAAAACCAUUUAUAGGUAAGCUAUAGGUAAGACGAGUCAUUCCCGAGAACCUUUUUGAUCCAAAGUACAUACAUGUAUUGAUAUCCGUUCAUCGGUAGUCCAACCUCCUUUGCGCACUGAAAGGUAUAUUUAAAUUUACGUUGUUGAGUAACAAACUUUCGCGUCUAAAACGUAAUUCAAAUGACUGAACCUAAAUAUUUUUAAACAUAUUACUUGCCUUUUAGAUAUAAGUUGUAUUAUAAUUUUAAAUACUGUAUGCCUAGAAGGGCAAACUGUACAACUAUAUCUUGUAUGUACCACUUAAUUAUGUAACGACACAGUUAUCACAAUAAAUAUUAUUAUACAAAUAUACCGAUGAGAGACAGUAAUUUAUGCACCUUGCAUCAAAAAGUUCUUGGGAGUACUAGGUGUAUUAUCUGUAGCUUCAUUGAAUGAAAGUCAGAAAGAUAGUAGAAAUGUCCAUAAUGUUGUUGACUAACAUGAUUGUUCAUUAAUAUCUAUGUAUUAAACCGUAAUUAAGAUGUCAUAAAUGCAUAUUAUAUUAUAAGGUCUUUUUUAUGUGAUUGAUACAAUACUAGUAUUGAAGAUUGUCUUUUCUUAUAUUUGAAUUAAUAAUUAUGUCUGAAGUAAAUUUAUUGUAAGUUAAAGAAAAAUUAAAGUAUUUAUUAAAUCACAUUUAUUUUUAUAAUAAAGUAAUUUAUACACAAAUGCCCUUCUUUAUUAUUUCUAAAUUGUUAAGAAAACUUUGAUUUGAUUUGUGAGUUGCAGUAAAUGAUUCCAUAUUUUUACAAAUUUGUAGCUGCUCCUCUUUUGUACAUAAUUGAACCAUUGUCAAUACUAGGUUUAAUAGUACAGUAACUGUUGUAUCAGCCUCGCUCGUCACAAAUAGUAUUUUUAAUAACAGCGACAACAUCUUUUGGUCUGACGCCAGUCUCCACACACACCAGCAAUGCUUCAGCCAUACGGAGAGACACUGAAAAGAUCAUUUUCAUUUUGACUUGUACCAUAGAAACAUGAUAAUGUAAUUUAUGACUACUUCUGACCAGGAGGCUUACCAUCAUCUCUUAUUGCGAUGCAGUUCACGACCUAAACUGAUCUACAUCGCAAAUAAGUACCAUCACAUAACAUAUUAGUUUUCAGUAUGAAUAUGAUUAAUUUUACGUUCCUAAAUUGAACUGAGUUGCAUUUGAAUUGAUCUGCAAGAGUUGAUGGUAGGCCUGCAGGCCCCAUUACAUAGAUUUUGACAUUCAAUGUACACAAAACAAUUGGGUUGGGCUUUUAAUUGAUCAAUUUUAUUUAUAUAACAUUCAGUGUGCUUUACCUCUAAAACAUCUUGCAACAUAAUCUCAGCUACUGCCUCAUUACUGCACACAUCCAAAGCAUCACAGACAACUGAUUUGAACAGUUUCCUCUUGAUACAGUGCACCCCAUGCAUCUCAAUCAUCUGCCUUGUGAAGUUAAAACAAACUGCCUUUCUGUACAAGUUUGAUUCUGUGUGCAUUUGGUCCAGUAUUGUUUUGUAGAUUUCAUCAGUUUUUGUCACCUGAAUUAGAAUAAGAUAGAAUAUUAUUUAAACAGAUAUCAAUCAGGAAAAUAUAUACUGUUCGAUAUAAAUACACCUCCCGAGCUAAUAAAACAUACUUCUUUUUCAUAAAUUAUAAAUAUACCCUGUUCAUGCACAAAAUAGAUUUAUUAGAAUACAUACUGGCAAAGAAGCUAAAAAGAAAACAGAACCUUUAUAUCUGAUGGUAGCAUCGAGAGCAGCUUCAGCAAACAAGGCAAGGUUAACUUGGUUACUUCUAUAUCUUUUUCAACUAAACAUUUCUUUAAACUUCCAUAAAUAACCUCAUAAUAGUUUCCUUGGCUGAAGUCUGAUGAUGUCUGUAAAUAUGAGAAAUAAUGCUUAUUUAAUUGCUAUUUAUUGACCUAAAUAUUUUGUGAUAAAGCUAUUUAGUUUCUACACCUAGAAUCAAUCUAUCUGUGUGUGAUUGAGAGUUGAUAUAAUUUCUUAUGUACUAAAGCAUGAAAAUGAUCUUAUGGAGAAUCAGACAAAAUAUACUGAUACAAUAAGUAAACUA